AUGUUGACUCGAGACAUCGCACUCGACGAGGCCAUCCUGGAUCUGCUCGACAAUUGCGUCGACGGCAUUCUCCGUACUGACGCCGCCGAGGCCAUUCGGCCAUACGACGGCUACCGGGCAGCUAUAACAUUCGACGCUGACUCAUUUGCAAUCGAGGACAAUUGUGGCGGCAUCCCACCGACCCUGUUAGAUUAUGCGUUCAGGCUGGGACGCGCUCCCGAUUAUCCAGAGGAUGAAAAGCCGCGCGGCGCCGUCGGGGUUUACGGCAUUGGCAUGAAACGAGCCAUCUUUAAGAUGGGAGAGAGUUGCGUGAUUUCCACUCAGCACGAGAAUGCCAGUUACGAAGUCAGCAUUUCGCGUGAGUGGCUGCAUGACGAAGACGAUUGGAACAUACCCUUCUUGAAUACAGAGCGAUCCAAGCACGAAGACGGGACUAAAAUCAUGGUCACGAAUCUUUACGACGGAAUAACUGCUGCAUUUGGGAACCAGCGGGAAGCUUUAGAAUCCGAACUGGCGGAGAUGGUUUCGACCCAUUAUUCGUUCAUCAUCGACAAAGGAUUUAGCGUCACAAUUAACGGAGCACCGAUCAGCUCCAGGUCACGGGGGUUUGUAUACACGCCGAACACCGCAUCCAAUGCGCGGGUCAUUCGUCCAUUCACUUACGAAACUACGACAGACGACGGGGUAGAUGUUUUCAUGGCGGUAGGGUUCGACCGGGCGAUCCCAUCCGAAGACGACGUCUCAUCAGAGCAAGAAGAAACGAGCCGUUCGUCGGAAAACGCUGGAUGGACCGUGGUCUGUAAUGACCGAGCUGUAUUGUUUUGCGACCGCAGCGAGCUUACAGGAUGGGGAGAAACCGGAGUGCCGCGUUUUCAUAACCAGUUCAUCGCCGUUUCCGGCAUGGUUGAAUUCAGGUGCGAGGACCCGGCGAAACUGCCAACCACCACGACCAAGAGGGGAGUUGACGCUUCGUCCUUGCUCUAUUUGCAAACAAAAAACAAAAUGCGGGAAGGUAUGGCGCUAUUCACUGCGUAUACCAAUCGAUGGAAAAGUCGGCCCACCGAGGUUAGGGAACAGUUUGCAUCCGGCGAAACUGCGACCUUCUCGGACCUUAAAGAGGGCAUCAUGGGAGUGAGCACUUCGCCGUCUACUAUCCCUUUCAGAAACGCGCAACAGUACAAGCCGAACCUGCCCGCGCCGCAACGCGAGGACCCUCAGACGAGAAGAAUUUCUUUUACUAAAAACGCCGAGGAUGUUCGGAUAGUAGCUGAAUACCUAUCCGGAGAUUCGGAGCGAAAUCCUUCCGACGUGGGCCAAGAAUGCUUCGACCUCGUACUUCAGGAGGCGAACAGUUGA